AUGGCGGAGGCCCAUCAAGCAGUGGCGUUCCAGUUCACCAUAACGCCAGAGGGCAUCGACCUGCAGCUCUCCUACCAGGCCCUCCACCAGAUCUACCUGUCCGGAGUCCGGUCCUGGAAGAAACGGGUCAGCCGCGUCAGGAAUAGGGUGAUAAAAGGUGUGUACCCCGCCAGCCCCUCCUCCUGGUUGUUUGUUGUCAUAGCGAUCCUGGCCACCAUGUACCUGCGCUCAGAUCCCAGCAUGGGACUUAUUGCCAAGAUUCAGCAACACCUGCCACUCAGUCUCCAUGUCUCUCUCAGUGCCCAGGGACAGACCAUGGUGUCGGCGUUGGUCUUCAGUACUUUGCUGUGGCUGUCCCUCAUCCUCACGCUCAGGUUUUGUCUCAAGCUGCUGCUCUCGUACCACCGCUGGAUGUUCGAGCAGCACGGCCGGCUGUCGACCACCACUAAAGUCUGGGUGACUCUGUUGAGGUUGCUGUCAGGUAGAAAACCUCUGUUGUACAGUUACCAGACCUCCCUACCUCACCUGCCUGUCCCUGCCAUCAAAGAUACACUGUCCAGGUAUCUGGAGUCAGCCCGUCCGUUGCUGACAGAUUCAGGGUUUGACAGAAUGACGGAGCUGGCCAACCAGUUUGAGUCGAGUCUGGGUAACCGCCUGCAGCGCUACCUCAAACUCAAAGCCCUCUGGGCCACCAACUAUGUCAGUGACUGGUGGGAGGAGUACAUCUACCUCAGGAGCCGGGGUCCCAUCAUGGUCAACAGCAACUACUAUGGCAUGGACUUUCUGUAUGUGACCCCGACCCCGGUCCAGGCUGCCAGGGCGGGAAACACCAUUACGGCGUUGCUGCUUUACCGACGCAAAGUCAACAGAGAGGAACUGAAGCCUAGUCGCGUGCCUGGUACAGUCAUCCCUCUGUGUGCUGCUCAGUGUGAGAGGAUGUUCAACACCACACGCACACCAGGAGAAGAGACCGACAUGCUGCAGCACUGGCAGGACAGCGAGUUUGUGGCGGUGUACCACCGGGGGCGCUAUUUCCGUCUGUGGGUGUACAGGGCAGGCCGGCUCCUGUGUCCAAGAGAGCUUGAGUACCAGAUCCAGAGGAUCCUGGAUGACCCUUCACCUCCACAAACUGGAGAAGACAAAUUGGGGGCUCUCACUGCUGGAGAAAGGAUACCGUGGUCUCACAUGAGGAGGCAGUACUUCAGCUCCGGGGUUAACAAGCGCUCGCUGGACGCUAUUGAGAGGGCCGCCUUUUUCAUUACCCUGGACGACGAGGAGCAAGGCAUGAUGGGAGAGGACCCAGCCGGAAACCUGGACCGCUACGCCAAGUCCCUGCUCCAUGGGAAAUGCUACGACAGGUGGUUUGAUAAAUCAUUUUCCAUCGUGAUCUACAAGAACGGCAAGAAUGGACUCAACGCAGAGCACUCCUGGGCUGACGCUCCCACAGUCGCCCAUCUCUGGGAGUACACCCUGGCCACGGACACCUUCCAGCUCGGCUACACGGAAGAUGGACAUUGUAAAGGAGAGGUGGAUCGCUCGCUCCCACACCCUCAGCGGCUGGUCUGGGACAUUCCCACAGAGGUCCAAGAGCAGGUGUCCAGCUCCCUGGCAGUGGCCCAGGCACUGGCGGACGAUGUGGACUGCCAUGUUUUUCCCUUCAGAGACUUUGGAAAGGGACGGAUCAAGAAGUUCCGCAUCAGCCCUGAUGCCUUUAUACAAAUCAGCCUGCAGCUAGCAUACUACAGGGACCGUGGCGGCUUCUGUCUGACCUACGAGGCCUCCAUGACCCGUCUGUUCAGGGAGGGCCGGACGGAGACGGUCCGCUCCUGCUCCGGUGAGAGCUGCGCCUUCGUUGAAGCCCUGGAGGGCCAAGAGGGGGCGGAACAGUGCAGGCGCCUCCUCCGACUGGCUGCUGAGAAGCACCAGAACCUUUACCGACUGGCUAUGACGGGAGCCGGGAUCGACAGACACCUCUUCUGCCUGUACGUGGUCUCCAAAUACCUGGGGGUGAACUCGCCCUUCCUCAAAGAGGUUCUAUCAGAGCCGUGGCGUCUGUCCACCAGUCAGACUCCGGUCCAGCAAAUGGAACUGUUUGAUCUGAAGAAUCACCCCGACUUUAUUUCCCUGGGCGGAGGGUUUGGACCUGUUGCAGAUGACGGCUAUGGGGUUUCCUACAUCAUUGUGGGUGAAGAUAUGAUCAACUUCCACGUGUCCUCCAAACGCUCCUGCAGCGAGACGGACUCCCACAGGUUCGGCACGCAGAUCAGCCGUGCCCUGAAGGACAUUCUGGAUCUCCUCACCUCCGAGCCACGGACGGCCCCUCUCGCCUCCCCCAGACGCUCGUCCCAGCCCCAGUCCAAGAAGCUCCUCUAA